AUAUUUGCCAGCCCGGCCGGCAGCAAAGCCCGGCUAUAAAUGCUUGAGCCCAGGUGGAGGUAGGCCUGCCCGGCAGAGCUGCAGGACUCACAGCGGCACCUGCUGCCCCAGAGGCCCCAGAAGCUCCAACGUGGAGGACAUGGCCACAGGCGUGAUCCGACCUCUCUGUGACUUCCAGCUGCCCCUGACUUCCCUUCAGCCCUUCCCGCCCUUGGACCCAGAGCCCCCAGACACUUCUGAGGAGGAGGAGGAGGAGGAAGAGGAGGGGGAGGAGGAAGAAGAGGAGGGGGAGGAGGAAGAAGAAGAGGAUCUGGAGGGUGCGGGGCCAGGGUCCCACAGCCCAACUCCCCAGAGCUCAGGUUGGGCCACAGUUGCCCCAGAAGAGGCCCCUCCAGGUCUGAGCAGCACGGAGACACCACUGCAGCUGCUGCGGUUCUCUGAGCUCAUCAGCGGGGACAUCCAGAGGUACUUUGGCCCCAAGGACAGGGGGCAGGACCCAGACGCCUGUGACAUCUAUGCCGAAGGCCACCCAGCCCUCAGCUCAGCCAGGGAGCUCUACUGCACAGACCUGGUGCAUCCAGCCCAGGGCGGGCUCCCUGAUGACGACAGGGCCUCCGGGCCUGGGGCCCACUCUCCCCAGGGCCCCCAGGGGCGGGGGCAGGAGACAGGCUUUGGCGGGGACAGGGUGCAGUCCCUGGGACCGCUGGCUGAGCUGUUCGACUACGGGCUGCGGCAGUUCUCGGGGCCCGGGCUGUUGGCUGGCCCCCAGCUGAGGCUGGAGCAGAAGUACAGCCACAUCACCCCCAUGACCCAGAGGAAGCUGCCCCCCUCCUUCUGGAAGGAGCCGGCACCCAGCCCCCUGGGCCUGCUGCACCCGGGUACGCCUGACUUCAGUGACCUGCUGGCUAGCUGGUCGGUGGAGGCUGGCCCAGAGCCACCAGGCAGGGGUGCCCAGACCCUGGAGGGGGUACAGCUGGCUGAGGCCUAGUGAGCAGCCAGGGUUGGUGGGGUGAG